AUGACACUGACCGAGGCAAGGGUAGAGGCCACUCCGACCGCCUCCGGCGCCGUCGUCCCCGACGCCGCCACCCCGGAUGCCGCUGGCCUCGCCGACGGCCCCGGCGCGUGUGCCGACGCCCCUGUCGAGGUCGCCGUGGCCGUCGUCGAUGCCACCGCGCAUCCCGAUUCGUCCGCCACCGCCACUGUCCCCGUCGCGGCUGCCGGAGCGGGCGUUCCCGUCACCGCCGCGGCCUUCAUCGCGACCACUGAGGCGGGCGUCCCCGGCCCCGUCGUGACCGUCGGAGCAGGCACCCCCACUUCCGCCGCAGCCGUUGCCUUCGCCGCGGCUCUCCGGGCGGAUGUCCCCGCCUCCGCUGCCGCCGCCGCUGCCUUCGUCGCAGCCGCAGGGGCGGGCCUCCUCGCCUCCCCUGCCGCUGCUGUCCCUGUCGCGACCGCGGGGGCGGACUCUCUCCCCUCCGUCACCACCGCCAUCCCCGUCACGGUUGAGAGUCGGGGGUCGGUUUCGUCGACUCUUGAGGCGCGCCCCGCGCCGACCCCUGGGGCGCGGCCCGAGAGCCUCGCGGGGGCAGGUCUUGCGCGGGCGGUUUUCUCGGCGUGCCCCCCGCGGCCAUUUGGGAGCGCGGCUCCCAGAUAA